AUGGCCAUUGAGAAGCUUAAGUGCUUCCCCGGAAGAGAGCUUGUCCCCCACCUCAGCUUGCCGACGCCGGGUGUUGCUCCCGACGUCGUCACUACCGAGCUUGUCCCGGAUAUUCUCGACUUGUUCAUCAGCCAAUUCGACUCCCGCUUCGUGCCCCCCACUCUUCCGAGCUCGUACCUCACUGACAUCCCGAGUUCGCUGAGACACAACAAGAUGGCCGCACUCCCCAAGGGCGUCUCAGCCGUCCUGUCAAAGGCCCCAACCGACAUCGUCAUCCUGUCCUCGCUCCGCACACCCAUCACCCGAUCCUACAAGGGCCAAUUGAAAGAUGCCUACCCCGAGGAGCUGCUCUCGGUGGUGCUGAAGGCCACACUCGAAGCCAACCCGAAGCUCGACCCUUCCAAGAUCGACGACGUCGCCGUCGGCGUGGUGCUGUCGGAGCUGGGCGGGUCCAAAGCCGCGAGGAUGGCCAUGAACCACGUGGGCUACCCAUCCACAACGUCGCUGUACACGGUCAACCGGGCCUGCAGCUCCAGCCUGCAGAGCAUAGCGGCGGUGGCGGGCCAGAUCCGCACGGGAAUGAUCGACGUGGGCAUCGGCGCGGGCAUGGAGAGCAUGACGCGCAACUACGGCAGCCGCGCCAUCCCCGUGGACGCCUGGCCGGCGCUCAAGGACUCGCCCGUCAAGGACGCGCGCGACUGCGUCAUGCCCAUGGGCCUGACGUCCGAGAACGUCGCCGAGCGCUACGGCGUCAGCCGCGCCGACCAGGACGCCUUCGCCGUCGAGAGCCACCUGCGCGCCGCGCGCGCCCGCGCCGACGGCAGCUUCGCGCAGGAGAUCGCCCCCGUCACCACGCGCUUCCAGGAGGUCGACAAGCAGGGCAACAAGGUCGGCGACGAGAAGACCGUCACCGUCACCGAGGACGACGGCAUCCGCGCCAACGCCUCGGUCGAGGGCCUCGCCAAGCUCAAGCCCGCGUUCAAGGCCGACGGCGCCAGCACCGCUGGCAAUUCGAGCCAGGUCAGUGACGGCGCGGCUGCCACGCUGCUGAUGCGCCGCAGCACAGCCACGGAGCUGGGACUCAGCGGGCAGAUCCUCGGCAAGUUUGUCUCGGCGGUCACAGUGGGCUGCGCGCCCGACGAGAUGGGGAUCGGGCCCGCGCUGGCUAUUCCUAAGCUGCUGGGCCAGGUCGGCCUGGAGAACAAGGACGUGGACCGGUGGGAGAUCAACGAGGCGUUCGCGAGCCAGUCGCUGUACUGCAUCCGGAAGCUGGGCCUGGACGGCGACAUGGGCAAGAUCAACCCUGAUGGUGGCGCUAUCGCGCUGGGCCACCCUCUUGGUGCCACUGGUGCGAGGAUGACGAGUACCUUGAUGCACGGUCUGAAGAGGAGUGAUGGUGAGGUCGGUGUGACCAAAGUCAACUCCCAGAAGGAGAGAUACAACGUGAAAUUGAAGGCACCCUACAAUUCAUAUGCUGCCGAAUCUAGCCCGCCGUAG